AUGGACGUGCGUGGUUUCCAAGAGGUUCGCGAUGCCCUCGUCACUAGCCAUGUCCCUGUGCGCUACGAUUACGUCGAGCUGAGCCCAACAGCUUUCCUCAGUGUUACUGCGGCGCUCACACCAUUCAGCAACCACAACCAAAGCCCAAGGAAUAUAUACCAAUGCCAAAUGCUUAAGCAGACCAUGGGCACGCCGUUCCACUCGAUCCCGUAUAGGCAUGACAACAAGGCUUACCGCCUCAUCACUCCACAAAAGCCUCUUUUGCGGACGCGUGAUUACCGCCACAUUGACUUCGAUGAUUAUCCUACUGGAGUCAAUGCUGUGGUUGCCGUCAUGUGCUACACAGGCUUUGACAUGGAAGAUGCCAUGAUUCUCAACAAGUCUUCCGUCGAACGUGGCUUAUUCCACGGCUGUGUGUACAAAACCAAAAUAAUCGAUGCCGCCCCAAGUGGCUCACGCGCACAAGAUGCGGAGGAGUACCAGUUUACAAAUACGAGCAAGCUUGGUCGCAAAUGCAUUCCGUCGCUUGACGCAGAUGGCUUCCCGACCAUCGGUGCAAAGAUAACUCAGGGGAAAACACUGUGCAGAGUGCAGAGACACACGCAUUCAACAGCAGUUCAGGCACCGGCUCUGCAGACUACUUACAAGGACGACGAACCGGCAUAUGUGGAUGGCAUUACUCUGACAUCGGCCCCAGCACCGGCGGAAGAGCGUUUCCUAAAGACAGGUCUCAAGGGCUGCAGAGCGUCGCUCCGCCUGCGCAGUGUCCGAAAACCAAUCAUUGGCGACAAGUUUGCAUCAAGGCAUGGGCAGAAAGGCAUUUUAUCCAUGCUCUGGCCACACGAAGAUAUGCCCUUCUCAGAAUCAGGGAUAGUGCCGGAUAUUUUGUUCAACCCGCAUGGCUUCCCAAGCCGAAUGACAAUAGGAAUGCUUAUUGAAAGCAUGGCUGGCAAGGCAGCGGCAGUUCAUGGGGCCUUUCAAGAUGCAACAGCCUUUCGAGAAUUCAGGAAACAGGAGAAAACAGGAGCUCGCUGGAUAGAUCAGGAAGGGCACCAUGGGUACGUUUUACGUGGGGGACGCUACCGGACACCCGAGGAGGAGGUUAAAGCACAAGAACAAGGCGACACCCCGGUAGAUUACUUUGGAAAGGCGCUUCUGGCCUCAGGCUACCAGUAUUAUGGCAAGGAAGAGCUGUACAGCGGCGUUUACGGGAUGCCGCUCACCUGUCAUAUUUUUACGGGUCUUAUUUAUUACCAGCGCCUAAGGCACAUGGUAACGGACAAAGCCCAGGUACGUGCCACCGGCCCAAUUGAUUCGUUGACUCAUCAGCCUGUGAAAGGACGGAAACGCCAUGGAGGUGUCAGGUUUGGCGAGAUGGAAAGAGACGCUCUUAUCGCUCAUGGUGCUACAGCGUUGCUGCAAGAUAGACUCCUCCACUGUUCAGACGCGCACCGUGCAUUUUGCUGCCCAUGUUGUGGUAGCAUCUUAUCUCCGUUUCAGUCUUCCGAUAUGAAGGGGCGUUCAGUUGGUGGAAGAAAACCGGUCCCCCUUUGCCGCAUCUGUGGCGUGCCUUGCCGUCUUGUACAGCUUCCCUACAUAUUUCGGUGA